UGCCACAAUGAAAAAAGAAGUGAAAGUUUAGUUUUUUUUUAUUGUUUUUAUUUGUUUUUGACUCUAACAUAAUUGGUAAAGUUGUUGUUAUUUGAACUAAUUGAUCUUAGUUACCCAUUUGUAAAUUCCACUGCAUAAUUCAGUCUGUAACCCUUGUAACUAAUUAUUAUUACAAAUGUCUUCCUUAAAGUUAUACCAUUUCCCCGUGAGCGGGCCUUCUAGAGGAGCACUACUCGCAGCUAGAGCCAUAGGUAUUCCAAUACAAAUUGAAAUAGUAAAUCUGUUUAAAAAAGAGCAACUCCAAGAAAGUUUCUUAAAACUAAACCCACAGCAUUGUGUACCUACACUGGACGAUAAUAACUUUGUUCUAUGGGAAAGUAGAGCUAUCGCAUGUUAUUUAGCCGAUAAAUAUGGCAAAGACGAUCAAUGGUAUCCAAAAGAUUUACAAAAACGCGCAGUCGUAAACCAGAGAUUAUACUUUGACAGUGCAUCUUUGUAUGUUAAAAUAAGAGCAAUUUGUUUCCCAAUAUUAUUCCUGGGUGAAACGGAGAUUAAACAAAGUUUAAAGGAUGACCUUAACUCUACAUUGAGUUUCCUCAAUCAGUUUUUAGAGAAGACCAAGUGGGUGGCAGCUGAUCACCCCACAAUUGCAGACACAUCUAUUUACGCAUCUAUGUCUAGUAUUUUGGCUGUUGGAUGGGAUAUAUCAAGUUUUCCAAACAUUCAAAGAUGGAUUAAAGAUUGCUUAUUAUUGCCUGGAGCACAAGAAAAUGAAGAUGGCGCUAGAAGCUUUGGAGAUGCCGUAAAAAAGAAUAUCAAACAAUAAAAUGCACAUAAAAACAUUAUUUAGUAUAUAUUUCUCUUAUAUUUAUUUCAAUAUAUUAAUCUAUAAAAUUUUAAAACUAUUUGUUGUUCAUUCCUCACUUUCCUUCUUACCACAGUUUUAUAUCUAAAUCCAUG